GCGCUGGAAAGCGGUGUUAGUUUGUUUAUUGCUUUUAUUUGAACUUUUGGCUGUGUUAUCCAUUCCUCGCAACGGAUUUUCUUGUAGACGCGUAGGUAAAUGUAUACUUUUAUCCAUAACGCUGAUCGCAAGUGAAGUAGAAUCGCGGAGAACAGCGUGCAUAAACGCAGCAAGCAAAAAUUAAUCAACCCUAUCAAUUGUCGUUCGAAGCUAGUCCAUAGCAGAAGUGGCUGCGCUAAAGAUAUUCUCUUUUCCGGUAGUAGUUAGUUUAGCGGGAUGUUUUUUGUUGUUUUUCUCUUAUUGGCGGAAUUCCAGUCGUUUCAGUUAACGCAGUUUCUUAUAAAACAAUUCUCUUAAUUAAUUCGAUUACUAUUUGUCGAUAUGGAUGAGUAUUCCUUCGAAGUUUAUCAUAUUAUCGUACUUUCGUUAUGUUAUAUCGGUUCUUUUGUUCCCUCUCCUGGCCUUACUUAUCACACACACACCUUUGUCCUUCCAAUUAAACCCGUAUCUUAACCAAUCAUUCAACACCUUUCGCACACAACUGAACACUUAAACGCCCUAUUGUUGAUACCUUGUUGCUACCCGUGCGCUAUUAAACCGAAAGCCCGGGACUCAUCGGAUGAUGAAUCUGGUCCGGCAACGCCGGCCAUGGAUGAGAAUAAACACUUAGCACUGUUGAGUGAUGAAGCCGGUGGGCAACUGUGUGAUGACCAUCGGCCGCGAACUCGUUCCUCCAGCCAUAGCCACAACGAAGGUGGUACAACGACGGCAAGUUCCUCGCGCCAUGGUAGCAUAACGAAUUCUUCCUCAUCGGCCUGUUCGGUGGAGCGGCAUCAGGGGACGAUGUCCACCGGUGGUGAGAUCGGGCUAGUGUGUACCUGUCCGAUACUGUCGACACCAACGACACCGACCACACCGCCAACGGUGGUGUGCCAAGUGUACGAGUACGAUACGAUUUAUACGGUGGCCUGUGGUGAUGCUAGCUGUAACUAUCGCACUAGCAGUAAGGAUAAGCUAGGUCACAGGAAAGCGGUGAAGCCACCUCGUUCUCCCAGAAGCUCGAAUGCAAGCAACAAAAGCCGUAAGGGUAGUAGCAGUAGCAGUAGUCACGGUCACCUGACGGUAACCGGUAGACCACCUGACGAAUGCGGACACAGCGCACCCGAGACGGACCAUGAUGAGCAGGAAGAGUCCGGAUUUGAAUGGCGCUGGUUUCAUCGGCGCAAGCAUUCACAGACAAAGUCCAGGAGUCGCUCGUCUAGCCAUCUGUUCGGCGGCCACAGCCCUGGGCGAACAUCCGGGAUCGGAUUGCGCAUCUCACCCGUCAGCAGUAGUUGCUGUGGAGGUAGAGCAACCACUGGCAGAUAUGACCGUGCUUCAAGUCCCGAACAGGACGCUGUAUCGGAGGUUUACGGCGGCGAUGGUAUGCUGGAUCCUUCCUCUAUCGGUGGUGAUACUCCGUCCGGGACGACCUUCACGUCCACGGUGGCACGGAAUGGGUUGCGUCAGGGGAAGAAGACUGCUAAAAACCUGCCACAACCAACGUCGGUGUCGGCGGUCAUCAAUCCAGGUCAGGCUUACCUGGUCCUCAUUUAUGUUGCGAUCAAUUUUCUCUUCUUCCUUUUGUUUUUAAAUGCAUACUUACCAACUACACAAAUACACACUUCUAUUUCUCUUUCUCUUACUACUACUAGCUGCUCUGCUGUACUAUGUUAUGUUUGUUUUAUUUCUAAAAACAAAAAUUGCAUACUUCAGGACUUUUACUUUCUGUUGUCCACCUUUCAAAUAGUCGUUAGUUUUGUCUGUGUUUUGCCCACGUGUGCUGAUCACCUGUGCUGCUGAAUAUGAACACUCAUACCCGGAUAGAGAAGGUUUUAUUUCCUGCACAAUCUGUUCCUACCUGUUUUAUGCGGAUCCUUCAUACUCCAAUGUUUUGUUCGGUAUAAUAAGUAUUGCACAGCCCACCCCCUCGCCCGUGUUGUGUCCUGAUGCAAAAACAAAAUCUAUUCUACUCUGUCGCUCUGUUUGCUGCUCUUUUUUAUCACACAAUGUAUCUCUUGUUUUUUAAUCUGUUUUCCAGUUCCUUGUUCGUUUCAGGAUCAUCGCCAUGUUUGCUGCAAGCUGUUUAUUCGCUUUUAUGUUUUGCGUGUCCUUUCUUCUUUACCCAGUGCAAAUGUGCUGAUUGCACACACAGGAUAUACACUAGCCCGACCUAAACCACUUUCCCUCCCCCGCAUCAUCCAUGAAGAGUGCACUCCGUCUGUCUUAUCCUGUCCAAAAACUUAUGUCCUGUCGUUAUUUUCUAUUUUUUUUCCAAUUGUCUCAAUUUGCACUAGUUGCUGCGUCUAUUUUCCUAGUAGUUGUUUAAUUCUUUAUUUUUUGCAUUAUAUCAGGUGCGGUGCUAAGUUCUUGAUGGCAUUAUUUAUAUUCUCUAUGAUUCAAUAUGGCUUGUAAUGGUCGUUAAAACAGUCUAAAAGGGGAAUUGAUAAUGUACUCAAAUUGUUAUUCUGAGUCGAUAUUCCGAUGUGGAUUAUCAGAAGUCACAGAUGAUCAAACAGCACUGCUUUAAUUGGGUUCGAUACACUUUUUUCGAAAGGAUAUUUACUUCUGUGUCCACAACUCAUUAUAUAUAUAACUCCGACCUGGUCCCAAUAAAUAGCUUUCAUUUCAAGAAUAUUGCAACAUUUCACUUGCUACAUGGGUCUCUCUAGCUCCCAGGGUGAAAAGAAACCUUUUAUGUUUUUCUUCUUUUAUAUUGGAGCUGACUCCACCUGUUGGCAAAUGGCGAGAACUUGGUUGCGCACCUAAUAUAUCAGCACGCUUACCCACUUUAAAUCCCUUUGCAUAAAUCCCUUCCUUUUGUAAUGCUCAAGCCAAAAUUUUAUACGAAACCCUUCUCAUUCCCAGUAACGUUAAUGAUCUUGUUUAAGUUUCUCUGUACGUUUUAUUUUCUUAGUUAGAAAAUGUGAUUGGAAAGGAAAAAAAACCAAAACAAAACAACUUAUGCAAGUAUUUCCGUUUCGUUUUUAGUGUAGCGGUUGAAAUUGUGAACACAAUUGAAGGAUAUGAUUAAAUUUUGAUUGUGCGUAAAGGUGAUACUUCUACUGUUGAACGAGUUAGUCAAACAUGAACAAAUGUGUACAAGUAUUCGUAAGAGGCAUACAAUUAGAUACUAUACUGUGUAAGCUACUGUUGUCCCUCGCUUUGAUGAUGUGUUAUAUACUUCCCUUAAAAUCUGCUGCUUUGUUUUGCUGUACAUUUGUUUGUAGUGUGAAACAUUUUAGUAAGCAAACAAUAUAAAGCAUAUAUAUCUUUAUAUAUAUAUUUCUUUUCCGUAUCGAAUCUCUGUUUGGUGCAACAUAUUUUCGACAGCACACGCGUUCUGUAUCUUGUACCUCUUCUUUACGUUGUGUACAUGUGACUGAUUUAGUCCUUGUUUUGUUUUGCAGAAUUGUUUCUUAUAUUUAUUUCGAUUUUUUCCGAAGCACUGACACAGUUUUUGUUUCAACUGUUUAUUCGAAUCUAUUUCAUUGGUCUGUAAUUUGUAGCAUUACUAAUAAACUCUGUUUUCCUUACUUUCUUCCUUACCU